AUGCACUCUCUCGCCCAAAUGCGUUCGUCUCGCCGGACAAAUUAAACUAAACUAAACAGCGAGAAAGAAUAACAAAGAUCGGCGAUUAUUUUACCUCGUCCGGCGACGGUUCGAUACAUCGGCACCUGGUUCGCAGCUCGGCGAUGGGAGCCUGCGCCUCAUGCAACGCCGCGGCGAUGACGGAGAUGGAGGAGACGGCGAAGGUGGUGCUCCCGGAUGGCGGGCUCCUCGAGUACGCCCAUCCGGCGACGGCGGGUACUGUUUUGGGAAAGGACGCGGCGGGCUUCUUCGUGUGCGACGCGGACGAGAUGGAGAUCGGAGGGUUUGUGUCGCCGGUGAACGUCGGAGAGGAGCUCUGCCUGGGCCAGCUCUAUUUCGUUCUCCCGCGGUCUGUGCUCAGCUACCCUCUCCCACCCGAGGACCUCGCGGCGCUGGCGGUGAAGGCGAGCGCGGCGCUGGCGGACGCCGCGCGGCGGCGUGGCCGUCGGGCGGUGGGCCCCCUUGUUUUUCCAGUGGAUGUCGCCUGCCGGAAGCGGUCUGAGAAGGAAGAUAGGGAACAGUUGCGGCGGAGGUCGCCGAGGGAAGGCAGAAGAGGGCCAAAGUUCUCGCCGGACUUGGUUGCCAUUCCGGAGUAAAUCGAAGCGGAUCGACUUUGGUUCUGCCAUGCGGUGUUCCGCACCGCGAAUGAUCUGGACCGUCGAGCGUCUAAAUGAGCAAUUUAGAUCAAGGAUAGAGUGAAGUAAUUCAUUGACGGUGAGAACGCCACGUGGCCCAAUUUUUUAAAAGUCAACGGACAGCUUGAUUCUAGUAAAAUUUUGUACGAUUUUCUCAUCGGUUCGAUAAUGUCUCUCUCAUUCUAUCCAUCACCGAUUUUCUGAAUCUAAUUUGUAAGAGAGAAUCAUGUAUCUUAUCUUAAAUUAAUAAAAUAUAAGA